AUGGUAAGGUGCGUGCCUUUCCUCGGCCUCCUGGCCUUCUGGGUCUUUUUGCGAGGUUUCUGCUUCUCCCCCGUUUCCCUUCCCUCCGUCCAGCGUUACCUGACCUGCAGAGCUGCACAGCCCGACGAAACUACCGCGGCCCCCCCCGGCGGGUGCCUUCCGAAUGGCGAGCUCCGGGAGACCUAUGAGCCAGAUACCUCUCUCGAUGCGCGAGAGGGUAGACUGGAGAUCUUCCCUUCGCCUAUUUACCGGCGCAAGAUCAAGCCCAGUAAUGAAGACGUGCAUGCCCUGAAUGAUGAAAUCACGACAAACUUCCGACGGCUGAUGGCACGGGAUGAUAAGGGCAUCGAGUAUUCUCAGACGCAUUAUGCAGGUGGCUACACCUCGUACUUCAGCCUCCCGGCACUCCAGAGGUGGGUACCGCCAAUAAAAACUUUGGAGCAGUGGCUCCAGCCUCAUAUCCGGGAGUUCAUACAGCAAGCUGGCUUGCAAGAUGGACCUGAGCUUUUCAUGACGGACUGCUGGGCAAACGUUAUGGGCGAUGGCACAGAGCACGUGUUCCAUCAGCAUAAGAAGUCUACUAUCAGUGGCACUUACUAUGUGCAGACCCCCCGAGGCUGUUCGGGCCUCUUAUUUGAAGAUCCUCGUCUUGACAGAACUGUUGCAAAGCAAUCACGGCGCGUGGUUGAAUUCCCGGCCAUUGCUGGCUUCGUGAUUCUCUUUGAAAGUUGGCAGCGGCAUAAAGUUCCACCGAACUGCGGGGAGGGAGAGCGCAUCAGCGUCAGUUUCAACUACCACUGGCGGUACGAGGAGCCGACCAAGAUCCCUUUGGAGUAG